CACUGGUGGGCAGCACUGGUGGGUGGGCACAGGUGGGUGGCACUGGUGGGCACAGGUGGGUGGCACUGGUGGGCACAGGUGGGUGGGCACAGGUGGGUGGCACUGCUGGGCACAGGUGGGUUGCACUUCUGGGCACAGGUGUGUGACACUGCAGAGUGGCACAGGUGGGUGCACUGCUGGGCACAGGUGGGUGCACUGCUGGGCACAGGUGGGCGGAGCCAGUGGGCGCACUGCUGGGCACAGGUGGGCGGAACUUGCGGGUGGCACUGCUGGGCACCG